AUCUAUACAUAUCAUAUCAUCCAUCUCGAUAACAGUCUGAGUCUCACGAGAAAAGUACCCACCGGUUCAUAAAACUAAGAGAGGAAAAAAAAUAAAAAUAAAUAAAUAAUAAAACGAUUUGGGUAUCGUCUCUCAGAUUCGAUGGGGGUGACAAUUAAAAGCCCUAAUUCAGUAAUCACCCUCUCAUGGUUCUUCUUCAAAACCCUAAUUCACACUCAUUACUGUUAUUUAUGUUACUGUUUUCUCUGUGUUUAAAUUUAAAAUGGAUUCGGAGAAAAUUCUUCAAAACCCUAGGUUGAAUACUAACUCAAUCAAGCCUAUCAUGCCAAGCAAUGACCUCUCGCAGAAGCAACCACCGUCAUUGCUUGACAGAUUCAAGGUUUUAUUAAAGCAAAAGGAAGAGCAAGCUAGGGUUUCUAUGGAGGAUGAUGACGUGGCAGGGACAUCAACUCUUAGCAGCGAGGAAAUAGUGCAGCUUUAUGAGCUCGUGCUUGAUGAAUUGACUUUCAAUUCGAAGCCUAUUAUUACGGAUUUGACGAUUAUCGCUGGCGAGCUCAGAGAGCACGGCGCUGGCAUUGCUGACGCUAUUUGUGCCCGUAUUGUCGAGGUUCCAGUUGAUCAAAAACUGCCUUCACUAUAUUUAUUGGAUAGCAUUGUAAAGAACAUAGGCCGUGAUUAUGUUAGGCAUUUUUCUUCCCGUCUGCCUGAGGUUUUCUGUGCUGCUUACAAACAAGUUCAUCCUAACCUGCAUACUUCAAUGCGCCACCUCUUUAGAACAUGGUCUACUGUGUUUCCUCCCUCUGUGCUUAGCAAGAUUGAGAGUCAGUUGCAGUUUUCUUCACAAGCUAAUAAUAAUAAUCACUCCUCUGGCUUAUCUUCCUUGAAGGCAUCUGACUCUCCAAGGACAACAAAUGUUAUUCAUGUUAAUCCCAAAUACGUGCGAUUGGAACCUUCACCUUCGGAAAAUAGUGCUCAGCAUGUAAGAGGAGCUUCUUCAACUCUAAAAGUGCAUGGUCACAAACCUUACAUUGGAUGUGAUGAGUUUGAUUCUGAUCAUGUAGAGGUCACACCCUCAAAGGUUGGAGCCCAAAGAUUAAACACAAUGGGAAAUACUGGUCCUUCAUCUUUUGUACACGGGCCUAAUAGGCUACAUCCACCUUCAAGUUCCAGGCUUACAAGACGCCUGUCACCUUCAAGAAUUGGAGCUGAGAGGCCUUUGCCUUCAGAAGUUGAUGACUUCAUGGCAGGAAAUUCUCCUCGAAGGUUUCUUGAGGGGGCUUCUCCAUCUCAUCCUGUUUUAGAUUGUGGACCUCUUAGAUCCAUGGGCAGAGAUGAAGAGACAAAUGAAUGGAGAAGGAAACACUAUUCUGAUGAUAACCAUAAGAAAUUUGAAGCCUCUAUUGCGUAUAAUCUUUCUAAUGGACAUGAACAUCAAGGGCCCAGAGCUUUAAUAGAUGCCUAUGGAGAAGACAAAAGGAAAAGAAUUCCAAAUAGCAAACAUUUGCAAAUUGAACGCUUAGAUGUAGAUGGCACAGCCAAUAAAGUGGGUCCAAGAUCAUGGCAAAAUACUGAAGAGGAGGAAUUCGACUGGGAAGAUAUGAGUCCUACUUUAAUAGAUCGCAGCAGGAGCAAUGGUUUGUUAUUAUCUGUUCCACCUUUUGGAGGGGCUGGGGCUAGACCUGGCUUUGGAACAAGAGCUGCUUCCCGAUUGGACUCUGAUCUUAGGAGCAAACAAUCUGGUCAGGCUCAGCUGCCACUGGUAGAUGACUCCUCUAAUAUCACUGAUGAUACAAUGUCACUUCUGGGUCCUGGUCGUGGAUCUGGAGGUAAGUUAUCUGGAUUCCAAACUGAUAGAAAUCAGACUAUGGGUUCUCGCUAUCCUCGAGAAGCUUGGAAGUCGCCACAUCACUUUUCUCAGUCAGCAGAUCUGAUCAAUGCCAAAGGAAGAAAUAGGGAUUUACAGAUGCCCUUUUCUGGAAGUGGUAUAUCCUCUUCAGGAAGUGAGAUUUUGGCUUCUCUUGUUGACCAACUUCCAGAUGCUGAUGCUCAAAUUAUCAGGCCUCCAACUCUUCCAUCAAGAAUGAGCUCUAGUACUGCACUAUCAUCAACAGGAGUAUGGCCACUUGUAAAUGUGCAUAAAUCUCACCAACCUCCUUUGCGCCCUAUUUUCCCACCACAGAUGCAGAGUAGAAGUCUGCUUGAUCCUAGAAAUGCUAGUAAUACUGCUGUAAAUCAGGGUUUUCAGAAGUCUUCCUUUUUGUCUGAGCAACAGUUGAAUGGUCUUGAAAGCAAAGAACACAGUUUGACAAAGCAGCCACUAUUACCAAGUCAACAUGCUGCCAUGAAUCAGCAAAACCAGGGUCAAGUUAAUCCUUUUCAGCCACAGCGAGAAAACUUUCCACCAUCUGUGGCUUCGUUGCCACCUCACCCGUUGGCACCAACUUUUGAUCAUAGAUAUGUUACGCAAGCGCAUGGUUCUGCCAUGAGUAGGAUUCAUUCGAAUCUUGUGUCUUCUAUGCCGUUGCCUUUACCAGUAAACAACAUCCCAAACACCAUGCAUUUACAGGUAGGGGUCCGGCCACCUCUACCUCCAGGUCCUCCUCCUGCUUCGCAUAUGAUACCCAUCCCUCAGAAUGCUGGUCCAGUUGCCUCUAACCAACCAGCGGGCGGUGCUUUUUCAGGUCUGAUUAAUUCUCUGGUGGCUCAAGGUUUGAUAUCAUUAAAGCAAACACCUGUACAGGAUUCUGUGGGGCUCGAGUUCAAUGCUGACCUUCUUAAGGUGCGGCAUGAGUCUGCAAUUAGCGCCUUGUAUGCUGAUCUCCCUCGGCAGUGCACAACAUGUGGCCUUAGAUUUAAGUGUCAAGAAGAUCAUAGCAGUCACAUGGAUUGGCAUGUUACUAGGAACCGAAUGUCUAAGAACCGUAAACAGAAACCUUCUCGCAAGUGGUUUGUUAGUGCAACUAUGUGGCUCAGAGGGGCUGAGGCAUUGGGAACUGAUGCAGUUCCUGGUUUUUUACCUACUGAGGCUGUUGUGGAGAAGAAGGAUGAUGAAGAGAUGGCUGUUCCUGCUGAUGAAGAGCAGAAUGCAUGCGCAUUAUGUGGAGAGCCUUUUGAUGAUUUUUACAGUGAUGAAACUGAGGAAUGGAUGUAUAAAGGGGCUGUCUAUCUGAAUGCACCCAGUGGGUCAACAGCGAGCAUGGAUAGGUCCCAGUUGGGCCCUAUAGUACAUGCUAAAUGCAGGUCAGAGUCUAGUGUGGCUCCACCUGAAGAUAUUAGAUCUAAUGAAGGGCCUGACACUGAAGAGGCUAGUCAGAGAAAACGAAUGCGGAGUUAAGUAUAUUAGAUCAGCUUCCGAGUCUUCUGUAACUUAGUAUGAGUUUAAUCAUAUUGGUUGUAUGCUCUGCUUAUUUUUAUAUUAGUGAUCAAUCUCGCAAUACUUUGGCUUUAUGCUAGAAACAUGUACAUGUAUAGUUUGCAUCUGUACCAUGCAUUCUUGCAGCAAAGGUUACAAAAUUCUCUUCUGUGAUACUGCUUUUGCUGUCAAAACAUCUCAAGGAAUAUUCAGGACUUUUUUUCACUUCGAAAACCAGAAGAAAAUAUUUUUAUCAGUAGAUAUUAGGUUCUUAAAUAUGAAAAAGGAAAAAUAAAAAAAAAAGGAGAAACUUGAUAUGGUGAACUUAGCUCUGAUGCAAUAUUUACUCCUUGGAGGAGUUUCUGCGAUAUGUGUUGCUGCCUGUUUUGUGCAGGAUUAUAAUGAGCGGUCUAGCUUCCACAAGCGGAUUCUGUUUUGAGGAUUCAUGCUUCAGUUCUCAUCUAAAUUGAUAAUUUUGCGGCAGCAAAAGCGCAAUUGAGAACCUUUUCCCUUUUGAACAUUUUUGUGGUUUUUCCUUGGCUCAGUGAUGUAACAAUUUAAGUUUGUUGAUGAAGUUUCUUGGAUGUGCACAAUUAUUGUUUUUUAUUUAAUUCUGAGUAGCUCGACUUGUUAGUCGUAACUCAUGUAGUUACUUGUUUCCAUGAUUGAGUGAGUUCUUUUUACUUU